GUCCGAUUAGUUUGACCGCCAUAAGAACUGUCAACAGCACGCGUGAUACUUAUAUAGUAGUUGUUUCAGAAAAACCAGUGAGCUUUGGAUUUCAAUAAUUGUUGUGAGAUAAUGUACCAGUGCCAAAAUUGAUCCAGCUGAUUUGAGGUUUAUUGUGUGUUGUGCUACAGAAAUUCUUGAAUGCCAUUUUUGAAGUAUUGGCAUUAUUUGAAUGUCACUCAUUUUAUAACUUCAAAGUGAAUGCAUUAAGACGUCAAAUUCGUUAUUUGGAUUUUGGGUGCUUCAACUUCUUCAGCUGUUAAAAGGCUAUUACGUAAAAUAUUUCUUCAGUGUCAACUUGUCAAAUAUGAAAAUGAAUGAUCAUCGAGAAAGAUUUCAGUCUAGCAGCAGCACCGAUGAAAAUGAGUCGGGCUCUGAGCAUGAUCACGAGGAGUUGAUUCAGCAGAACCAGCUGUCUAAUUUGGUGAACCAUGGUAUAGGCACUGCGGUUCGAAAACGAAGAGGAAACCUUCCGAAACACUCUGUGAAAAUCCUCAAAAGGUGGCUGUACGAGCAUCGCUUCAAUGCCUAUCCGAGUGACGCAGAGAAGCUCACGCUUUCGCAUGAGGCAAGCCUCACGGUCUUGCAGGUGUGCAACUGGUUCAUUAACGCCAGAAGAAGGAUAUUACCGGAAAUGAUCAGGAGAGAAGGCCAUGACCCUUUGCACUAUACCAUAUCUCGAAGAGGUAAGAAACUGAGCGGCAUGUCUGGACUUGUAGAACAACCUACAGUCAAUUGGAAUGGUGAUCUGCAGGCCAUAGGGGGGAAGCGUAUCCGCCUAGACCACGAUUACGAAGACAGCAUGACUUUGAUGUAUCGAUCUGAAGAGGACAGCCCUAAUGAAUUUGCAGAAUACGAAAGCUCUAGCCCUAGCGAGGAAGAGAAGUUCACUCCUUGGCAAACUGUCAUUCGCUAUGGAGUUCCCAAAGACUCGAGUCAUCCAGCUAACAGAGGAAAUCUCGAAGAAAAGCCCACCACCGAAUACUGGUCGGCUCCCCAUCAGCAACUUUCGCACAUGCCUCAGGUAGCGCACCCUAUGAUAGCUACGCCGAAGGUGCAGGUCAUGCCGACUCAUCCCAUGGGAGCCCCCCCGAGUCCCGAUCCUCUGAGGACAGACCAAGCCGAAGACGAUGACAAGUUCAAGUGCCUCUACCUCUUGGUAGAGACAGCUGUGGCUGUGAGGCAGCGCGAAAAGGAACAGAACGACGCGCAGAUGUAGCCCGGGGCCAGAUCCCAUGCUGUUUAAGUGCCUUGCUUUGUUCCCGAAAGUGCAGAUACAUUAAGAUAUGCGUUGUUUGUGGGGCGAAAUUCAGUGCCAAUAGAAUUCUUCUCGAUUGUCUAGAGUUGUGUAAUUUUAUAUAAGGUUCUAGUUGUUACAUACUUUUCUUAUUUUCCUCGUUGUAGUGUUUAGUGAUAUAUUAUUUGUAUGGUUUGCAUUCGGAAGCAGUUUGGAUGUUUGACUUAAAGCAAUAGAGUGAUAUUAAACUGUUGAAACUAA